ACUUCCCCUGCUUCGUGUCCGUCGUUGGGUCUCUUCCUUGGGGUUGCUGGGCCUGGCCCUCACACGGGCCCAGCUCGUGUCUUACACUGAGAUGGAGGAAGAGGUCAGAGAUCCAAGGGGAGAGGUGUUCUGGUGCAGGCUGGUUGGGGAGGGAGAUGGGUGCUGCUGUGCCUCUGAAGAGUUAGGACUCGGGACCAUCUCCCUGAAGAGGGGUAGGGGUUGGAGUGGGGACCCGGGCCUCCUCUCAUCUCCUGCUUUCUCCCCUGCAGGUGUCGGCAAGAGCAGUUUACUGUUACGUUUUGCAGACAACACUUUCUCAGGCAGUUACAUCACCACGAUUGGAGUGGAUUUUAAGAUUCGGACUGUGGAGAUCAACGGGGAGAAAGUGAAGCUGCAGAUCUGGGACACGGCCGGGCAGGAGCGCUUCCGCACCAUCACCUCCACAUAUUAUCGGGGGACCCACGGGGUCAUCGUGGUCUAUGACGUCACCAGCGCCGAAUCCUUUGUCAACGUCAAGCGGUGGCUUCACGAAAUCAACCAGAACUGUGAUGACGUGUGCCGGAUACUAGUGGGGAAUAAGAAUGACGACCCUGAGCGGAAGGUGGUGGAGACAGAAGACGCCUACAAAUUCGCCGGGCAGAUGGGGAUCCAGUUGUUUGAGACCAGCGCCAAGGAGAAUGUCAACGUGGAAGAGAUGUUCAACUGCAUCACAGAGCUGGUCCUCCGAGCAAAGAAAGACAACUUAGCGAAACAGCAGCAGCAACAACAGAACGAUGUGGUGAAGCUCACGAAGAACAGUAAACGAAAGAAACGCUGCUGCUAAUGCCCCCAGCCCACUGCAGAGACUGCACUGCGGCCACUCCCCCUGCCCCAGGCCAGGGGGCUCCUCUCCUCGGGGGACACUGUUUCGUGCCGUUAUUUAAAGAAUUCUCUCCACGUUUUUGUACCGGGAGGCGCCAUCGGCACUUCCUCCCCUCCCCCCUCGAGUGCCAAGAAGGUGUUGGACAGCCUGCCCUUCCCUUCUGGCGCCCCUGCCCCCCGGCCAAGGCGCCUGGGCCCGGCGAGGACGCUGCCAGCCGAGCGGACUGAUUAACCGGAGUUUGUACAUAAUGUAUAUUGCUUUAACCAGCGCAUCACCCUUGUCCUGCUCUGGCUCUUGCCUCCCUAAUGCCAGCCUGCUGCGACACCCCCUCCCCACCCGACCCCAACUUACUGUCAGCAGCUUCCUGAGGGGACAGGAUUACAUUCUAGACAUACCUUUUGCCAACCUGGGCUGGUGAAGUGGGCUCCACGUGACUCGUUCUCUCUUGCAGGCUGUCGGUGUCUGUCCCUGGCAUGUAGGGGCUCACCCCUGUCCGGGGCCUCUGCCGGCCCAGCUCCCUCCCCUCCCCAUCCCAUCCUGUAACCAUUCUGGCAGCUGGGGAAACCUGGCCUUGAAGUGGGCCUGGGGUUCCCAUCAGAGUCCUGGCCCUUCAUUUCCACAGAAGGAGUCACUCCUGCCCUUUGGCCAACGGAUUUCUUGUCCUGCCUUCCAGAUGCCUCUGAGCUACAAACCCAGGGGAGCUAUGGCUUCUAAUUUAUAUACCAACCUGUUUUGGUUCCAACAGAAAGGUAGGGGUGUGUCUGUGCAGGGAUGGGCUUGCAGGGGGACUAAGGAGCAUCAUUUUAACAGAUAAAGAAAAAUGAAGCCAAAUCAAAUGAAUUAAGUUCCUCAUACUCUUUUUCUCUUACUGAGGUUUGGUUGGCACAGCAGCAAAAGUUGUGGCCGCCCCACUUUGGGUCCAGUGUUUUUAGAAAAAGUGAAUGGCUUCCUGUCGUCGUGGAGCCGGGCUCUUGGCCAAGCGGCUCUGCCUUCCCGGUGGUUUGUUGGUGGGAAAGGAGGGGCCUCCCACCCCGGUCUCUGUCGGCCCAGGGCCUCCCGCUGAGUCCUGGGUCUCCGAUGCAGCGCAGCCCCAGGCACCUUUUGAGUGUGGGGAGUGGGUGCCAGGGGCCGCAGGGCUGUGGGGACGAUGUCUUGAGCCGCACGCAGGCAGCCUUGGAAUCACUGACAGGACUGUUUUAGUACAAAGGUAGCAUGAGGAUUUCUUAGUGAGUGGGAAGGAAUGGCCGCUGGGGCUGGGAGCCGGCUCUGACCCACCGUGGUGCCCUGGAGGAAAAACCAGGGUUGUCUGCAUUUGAUGACUGUCACCCCCACACCCUCGAGAUGCUUCAUUCACCUUUCCCCUAAAAGGAUCACGUAACCUGGGAAUAAUUUAUUUCAACACCGUGAUGUGUUUUACUAGAUUUCCUUUCCUAGGUGAUUUCCAGGCCAAGCCCUGAUUGGACAAUCACAUCACAGAUCUCACUGCACAUUUUCCAUGUCACCGUUGAUGGGUUUUCAAUCAAUAAAAACUGGGGGUUUCUUCUGACCUGUCUCUCCACUUCCCCAAACUGCCAAAAGCCCAUAGUGCCCAUAGUUCUGUGUGACAGGCCUUCACUUUGGAGCCACAGGAUGAGGUGGGAGCGCUGGGCCUGGGAAGGUGGUGCUGUGGGGUGACAGCAAGUAGCUCUGUCUGGUUGGGGUGCUGGGAGCCACAGUGUGGUCUCCAUCCUCAGGACCGUCCUGGCGACCACAGGUCCCGUGGAGGGUGUGGAGAGCUCAGGCCUCCUGGCUGGGCCACUGCUCGGCUCUCAGGUGACACUGGUGUGGCAGUGCUUGCAGAUUCAAGCGGCAAGAGGAGGGGGUCCUGGAAGUUUCCAGCCCAGGCUAGAAGCCACCGUGGCUUCUGGCAACUGGACAUCCAGACCCAGGUGGUGGGGUGAUUUGGUGAUGACAGCGUGCCUGUCCCGCUGAGUGUCACACGCAUGAAUGGGGGGUGGGGGAGGGGGAAUUCAGGGCUGGUCCGGCGUCCUGGUGGACCUGAUGUGAAAUUCCUGUUGAACAACAAAACUUUUAAAUGGUUUGCUAGGAUUAUUUCUGUAUUGAAAGUUUCUAAUUAUGCUUUUUAAAAAAAUACUAAAAAUAAAGGUUCAAGCUGCCAGAUUUUCUUCCAGGGUC